AGAUUCUGCACUGUUGUCUGUGUUGAGGACAGCAAGUCUGCAUGCUGCACUGUACAUGCAUCCCUGCGACCACUGUGUUUAGCAGCCAGGGGCUAGUGUGUGUGCGUGCUUGAGCAGCGAGAAAGAAACGGCCCUUGCUGUUGUGGCCAUUGUGUAAGGUGAAUUCCAUACCCUCCACGAGCUCCAGAGGGAGCGUAACGGGACGGGGAGGAUGGCGCGGAUAUCAGCGUUACUGGCGAUAGCCGUAGCUUUAUUCUGGAAGCAAGCCGCAGCACAGGAGUGUCUGCAAUAUCCCGAAGAUUCUUGCGACGUCAUCGGAGCCCUAAAUUUCAUUCAGGCGCCGCCUCCUAAUGUGCUAUCGACCUACGAUGAGUCAUCACCGCGGAAGUUCGCGUUUGAGUUUGGUCAGGAGAGUGUAGGAACCGCAGGUCUCCUUCCCUUGGAGUGCCCCGGUAAAACGUUCUGCGGCACAUUUGCGUUGGCAGUGCGCUUCAGACAGUUUUACGCGCAAGUGGCAAGAGACACGGAGCAGACCCUGUUUGAGACCACUGCACCGGACGGAGGAUAUCUGAGGACUUUCGUUGGAAACACGGGCGGUGACUUCUUCAUCGGCGUGGACUUCAACGGCGAUAGACAAACAUUCUUCGAGGGAGACGCUCAGAUCAUCAGCGAUGGCCGCUUCCAUCACGUUGUGUUCGUCUUCCAGAACCUGCAGCUAGAGUAUCACCUGGAUUCAAUGCUGAUCGACGUGCGAUCAUUCUCCAGGGCGUGUGUGAAUGGCGACUCAGUGAUCACCGUGGGCAACAACGAACUGAGAACUGCACCAUUCCGGGGUACCAUUCAACACUUGGUGCUGACCAACGCAGUGAACCUAGCCCGGACACCCACCUCACCAGCAUUUGAGAGUGCUUGCACACCAGAUAACCUACCGACUGCACCACCGACUGAGGGUAGCCCAGAAGAGACCCUCCCUCCUGAUGUCGUCAACCCUGACCAAGGUGAGGCGCAGAGGCCAGGCACUGGAACAGGCUGCGGACCGAAAGGAAUGGCCGGUGAAGAUGCCAGACAAGAACUAACUAUUCCCGGUGUAAGAGGACCACCAGGACCACCUGGACAAGAGGGUGCCAAUGGAAUCCCAGGACACAAUGGUGACCCAGGCAAAGUUGGCCCAGGCGGCCCGUCUGGACCUGAUGGUCCUCGUGGACCAGAGGGCCCUGUUGGUCCACGUGGCUUGGAUGGAAGAGUUCACGUUCUGUCCAAGCUUGAUGAUAGCGUCCUCAACACGUACUCACUGACCCGUGGACAAGUGCUCAGCAUCCUAAGAAAUCCAAACAAAGACGUCGAGAGCCUCAAGGGCGAACGUGGCCCCGGAGGAAUCGGUGGUAACCCCGGUGCUAGUGGCGUGAAUGGUCAAAAGGGAGAGCCGGGUCGCCCUGGUCGUCAAGGAGACGCUGGUCGCAUUGGCGCUACCGGUCCCGUCGGAGUUGAAGGAUUCGUUGGCAUGGCCGGUCCACUCGGUCUCAAAGGCUUCAAGGGAUCCUCAGGUCGCCCCGGACACCAUGGACAAAAGGGAUCUGAUGGACAUCAUGGUCUUGACGGCCGCCGAGGACCCAAGGGCCCGACUGGAGCUCCAGGUGACAACGCAGCUGACGGCAAAGACGGAGAUCAAGGACAGCAGGGCCCACGUGGAAAUGACGGAAUUUCUGGAAUUUCCGGAGCUCAGGGUAUGCCUGGAAUUCAAGGCCCAAUUGGACAACCCGGUCCCGCUGGACAAUCUGGACAACCUGGUAUUCCAGGCAGCCCUGGCACAGUAGGAUCACAGGGUGAGACUGGCCCGGCUGGUACUGGUGGUGCUGUUGGCCCACGCGGUCCCAAGGGCGCUACCGGCUCUCCCGGCGUACCAGGAACUGAAGGUCCUCCUGGACCACCCGGACAACCCGGUGCUAUUGGAACUCCCGGAACUGGAGGCAGCUCUGGCAUUCCAGGACAAUUUGGAUCUCCCGGUGUUGAUGGUCGCAGGGGUACCGAUGGUCGUCAUGGAACACGAGGAGAAUCCGGUCAACCUGGUCCCAAGGGAAUCCAAGGCUCUACUGGCAAUACCGGACCAGACGGCCCUCGUGGCGAUGCUGGUCGUGAUGGCAACCCUGGCCCAAUUGGUGACCGUGGUGACCUGGGCCCACAAGGUGAUCGUGGUGUAGAGGGUCCCGAUGGAGUCCAAGGUGAAAAGGGAGAACGUGGACCAAGUGGCCGUGAGGGCGUGGCUGGAUCACCUGGAAACAUCGGAGCUGUUGGACAUUCCGGAGACCCUGGCCACAACGGAGGUGACGGGGACAAGGGAAGUGCUGGUGAACCAGGAGAGCGUGGUGUCGGUGGAUUCAAGGGCGCUCGUGGCAAGACAGGCGUCUCAGGAAAUGUUGGCAAGAACGGAGACCAGGGACCUAAAGGAUAUCGCGGUCGUCAGGGACCAGUUGGCCCACGAGGAGAGGAGGGACCACAAGGAAGCGAGGGACUUGAAGGACCUCGUGGACCCAAGGGAUCUCCUGGCCCACGUGGAGUUAGUGGAGACGCUGGUACUGAUGGCGAAGCUGGUUCCGUUGGCAGCCCUGGUCCUGAUGGACAGCCUGGUGCAGCUGGUACCCCCGGUGUGCCAGGAGACCCAGGUACAUCUGGCUCAUCCGGCACCUCCGGCCUCCCGGGUCCGCCUGGUGGAACUGGACCACGUGGAGUAUCUGGAUCCUCUGGACUACCGGGUGCUAAAGGCCGCAAGGGUGCCCAGGGUGAUGCUGGACGCGACGGAGCUCCCGGCUUGAAUGGAGUCGCGGGCAAAGACGGACGCGAUGGACCACCAGGUGACCAAGGACCUCUUGGCCCCGUGGGACGACCUGGCCAACCCGCUGAUCAAGGCCCCAAAGGAGCCCAAGGUGCUAACGGCCCCACUGGACAACGCGGCCCAUAUGGACAUCCCGGAACUCAAGGUCUGCCUGGUCCAGUUGGAACACGUGGCAACCGCGGUGCACCUGGUCCCCGUGGCAUCACUGGCGAGAGCGGCAGCAAGGGAGAGCGUGGAUCAUCUGGCCUGGCUGGCAUUGACGGCAGUGAUGGACAAGCCGGCCGACCUGGCAAAGAUGGAAGUAUUGGACGUGACGGCGUUGUUGGUCAGAAGGGAGAUAACGGUGCACCCGGCUUGAUGGGCCCAGCUGGUCCCAAGGGCAGACAAGGCAGAGCUGGACCCACUGGCCCGCAAGGCCCCGACGGCAACAUGGGAGCGACCGGUGACAAAGGUGCCAGUGGUUCUGAUGGCGUUGACGGAGAGAAAGGAAGCCGCGGCCCAGUAGGACCAUCUGGCAGUGCAGGAUCCGGCGGAGUCAAGGGACAGAGAGGACCACCAGGCCGAGAUGGUGCUGCUGGACGCAAGGGACCGCUUGGAGGCCAAGGUGACACCGGUCGACGUGGUCCAGAUGGUAGCCGUGGUGAUCAAGGACAGAAGGGUGAGCAAGGAGACGCAGGAGCCCGAGGAGAUGCUGGCAAUGACGGUGAGAAGGGAGACACCGGACCACGUGGAAACCAAGGAGAACAGGGACCCGUUGGACGACGUGGCGACGAUGGUGACAAGGGCAUUGCUGGAAUCCCAGGAAACAACGGACCGCAGGGUCUUCGCGGAGGUCCUGGCGUAGCUGGUCCUCAAGGUGUUGCCGGUGAACAAGGAGAGCAAGGUCUGCAAGGCGAGACCGGUCUUCCAGGCGUCGCCGGAUCAGCCGGAGAACGUGGUGUUGACGGUGACCGUGGUGCUAAUGGCGACCCAGGAGUCAACGGUCGACCUGGACCGGCAGGACCCAGUGGUGAAAUCGGACAAGCUGGCUCAGCUGGCGCUGCUGGAUCAGACGGUCGUGCUGGAGAUCCUGGUGCAGCCGGUCCCAAGGGAGAACCAGGCCCAGAGGGUGCUGCUGGCCUUGACGGCCCACCUGGCAAUGCUGGCCCACAAGGCGAAGACGGCUACACUGGUGUCAAGGGAUCAAUCGGUCCUCAGGGUGAGACUGGUGAUGCAGGUCCUCGCGGCCGUUCUGGUGCUGCUGGCUCCGGUGGAGAAGUCGGUACAACUGGUGACCCCGGUCCUAACGGUGCUAAGGGAGAGCCGGGCGCGCCUGGUGUGGGAGGCGCUCCAGGUGCUACUGGUGAUGCCGGACAGAUGGGUCCAGAGGGUCCUAUGGGAUACGCAGGAUCACCAGGAUCAGUGGGACCACAGGGCGUGAUCGGCAGCGUUGGAAGCAAGGGUGAAGUCGGUACCCGCGGUCCAGACGGUGACAUCGGCAAUCCAGGCAAGCGUGGCGGAGAGGGAGACCUUGGUCCACGUGGUCUUGAAGGAUGGCCUGGACAACCUGGUGAUGCUGGCCCACCUGGUGACAACACCAUCGUCAAGACAUGCCCCGACACUCCUAAAGAAGACCUUGGCGGUACCUUCACUGGCCGUCGACGCAGAUCAACCGAAGAGAGCCAAACUAUCCGCAUGCGUCUCAACGAGGCAAGCGACUCUGUGUUCGACAAGCUGAGCGUGGAUGGCUCGCAGGAGCGACCGGCAACAUCAUGCAAAGAUCUCAUGCAUUCCAGCAGCAGCCAGCUGAAGAGUGGCCAAUACUGGAUGGAUCCCAAUGGUGGCCACAGUGGUGAUGCCAUUCCCGUACACUGUGACUUUGAGGCUGGUGGCCAGACGUGCGUACAGCCCAGUGAUGCACACCGCUCAUCGCAGGUCCAGCAGCGCAACACACAAUGCACAAGUGACGCUCAGAACGGCCAGUUCAACUACACAGCCCACGGCUCACAGCUCCGCUACCUGCAGAUGACCAGCGAGGCAGCAAGCCAGACCGUGUCAUUCCACUGUGAUGGCUCUGAGGACCACACCAGUGCACAUGUACAGAUGCUUGGAUCAUCAGGCACUGUGUUCCGUCACUCCGAUGCCAGCUCCACAAUGUCCUCACCAUGUGAGCUGUGCCAGGAUGCCAACAGCUGCUGUUCAAACGUGGAUCAUGUCACUCCAGUACAGGAUGGCUGCAAGGUGAACACCGCGGGCUCAAAGUCCGUGUUCCAGCUUCGCAGCAACCAGCCACACCAGCUGCCAGUCACUGACAUGUCCGUAUCGUCGGCAUCCGGACGGCCAUCGUUUGGCUAUGAGCUAGGCCCCGUGUGCUUCCACUAAGCACUCGCGCAAGACGCGUCGGCGGUGCCUCGCUCACUUCUUAACCUCACUCUACAAGCUUUGAAAUACCAACAAGAUUGGGCUUUAGAUCUAGCAAUGUGUCUGGAAAUGCAGGCAAUCAUACGCUCUGCCUGCUUUCAGGAUUCUCGCACCCACGCACUGCUCAUAACUCAAACAGUCAAACACACACACCGAGCGGCUUGUUCCGUCACCUCACACAUUACACCACACAUACACACUCAUACAUCACACACGCACACAUACACACAUACACACACACACACACGCACAUCCCAGACUCACACAAACCACCCGGCACACACUCCCAUGCACAAUCUGUUGACCGUCAUCAUCCAUGGCAGUACCCGUGCAUGGCCUGGUCCGCACACUCAGAAGCGCUAAGCCUCCUAACCAAUCUCUGAAAGGCUGGCUAUUGAGCUGUUUGGCUGUCUGACAGCUGAGCCAUGCUUUUUGUUGUCCAAAAUAUCCUGUCGUUAUCUUAUAUACAUUUACUAGCAUACACGCUUGUGCCUGUACACUAGCCUCUUUCUGAUCAUACCAUUGUUAUUUUUUUUGCUAAAAUUGAGCUAAUCAUGACCAUCCCUGUACAGUGAACAAACUGCGCACGGGAUUAUCAACCACUGUUUCCCUUCUCAACCAGCUGAAACCCGUCCUCAUCCAAUUAUUUGGAUACUGCGCAAUAGAUAAUAAUACUCCAGUGCUGGGUCCGCAGAGGCCAGACAGUCA